AUGGUCCAUCGAAAUGUACCUGUCCCGGACGCUUACCAGUAUUUUCCUCUCAACGAACCACAGAUUGGAACGGUUCUACAUUCCAAGGACACUGAGAAGGCGCCAAUUUUGUUCAGGCCUAUUACGAUAAACAAUGUUGAAUUCAAAAACAGGAUUUUUGUUUCUCCGAUGUGUCAGUAUAGCUCAGAUAACGGGCAUGCAACGGACUGGCAUUUAGUGCACAUCGGGGGUUUUGCCAGUCGUGGAGUAGGUGCAAUAUGCAUGGAAGCUACUGCUGUUCUUCCGGAGGGCCGUAUCUCUCCUGAGGAUGCUGGCCUUUGGCAGGAUUCUCAAAUAGAACCACUUAAACGAAUCGUCGAUUUCUCUCAUGCACAAGGUACUAGGAUCGGCGUACAACUGGCUCAUGCCGGCCGUAAAGGUUCAACCCAUGCCCCUUGGGUACAGAAAAAGGGCGGACACGGAUUGCCCCACACCGCAAUGGACAAUGAAGGUGGCUGGCCCUCUAAUGUUUAUGGGCCGAGCGAGUUAUCGUUUUCGGACCACUUUUAUCCUAAUCCCAAGGAACUAAGCGAAGAGGGGUUAUUAGAGAUAGAAAACGCAUUCGUAUCAUCUAUUGAGCGAUGCAAAAAAGCAGGCUAUGAUUUUAUUGAAAUUCACGGGGCACAUGGUUAUCUUCUCCAUUCUUUUCUUUCACCUCUCUCAAACGUCCGUAAGGACCAAUACGGUGGCCAGUCCUUGGAAAAUCGAAUGCGCUUUUUUAUCAGACUUGUGGCCCGUUGUCGUGAAGCCUGGGUGGGAAAACCUCUCUUUGUCAGAAUAAGCGCUGCCGAAUGGGCUGACGGACCUGAAAGGACCGACGAGGGUGUAUGGAGGCAAUGGGGAAUUGAGCAGAGCACAAUCCUUGUCGGGAAACUCAAAGACAUAGGUGUUGAUCUCAUUGAUUGUAGUGCUGGAGGCAAUUGGGUACACCAGAACAUUCCAAUUGGUCCCGGCUAUCAGGUACCAUAUGCAGAAGCCCUCAAGAAAGCACACCCCGACAUCGUUGUGGGCGCAGUUGGCUUGAUAACGGAACCCCUUCAAGCUGAAUCCUACCUAAAGAACGGUCAAGCCGAUGUUGUGUUUUUGGCACGCGAGCUGAUGAGAAAUCCACACUGGCCGCUUCUAGCUGCUCAGAAACUUCAAAUCAAUGUGAAGCCCGCCAAUCAAUACGAAAGAGCAUGGUUUUAA